AUGGCUCAAUCUGUCAGCACAGUAAUUAGCUUCCCGGCGGACAUGUUUGGAGCUGGAGAAGUGUUCCCAUCACACCACUGGUUGCGAGCUGCGGAAUUGCACCAAGUUUCGGCACAGACGGGCCCGGCACAGUCCGACAAGCCUUUUCGACGAAAGCUGCGGGUUCGCUUCGCACUCGUGGUGUUCGGGUGUUCUAUACCGGCCAGUCACUGCAUCAGAGAUGGGCAUGAUGUUUGGACGAUGGAGCGCAUGGCCCUUUUCAACAACCACUCGCGCAAUGUGAUCCCCGACUGGGGACCUCAAGCAUACAUCGACCAAUCUGUGAACUUUGCAAACAUGCUGCGGCGCUGUAAGGGACUCGUCUCGCACGACUACAUCUUGAAACAGGUCGACUGGACGUCGUCUGGGCCGAUCCUCCAUGACGUCCUCGGCAUCCUUGCGCUCCGAUCCCUGGCGAUCCUGGGCAUGCGCAGGUUCGCAUACCUGGAGAUCGGGGGAUCUCACCUGCGCCAUUUCUUCGCGCAAACACGGCUUCUACAGGAACUUUGCAGUGAUCAUGGAUGGUUGGCUGUGGCCAUGGAUGUGGAGGCGCCCAACCCGGCUGUGGAGCGACUGUGGUUUGGGAAACGUCACGAAGCCAGCUGGAGCAACGACUGGGCUUGCAGUUCAGAGAACUCGGAGAGCAUGUUAGGGGCUCUUUCCUGUGGGCGGGACAGCUCUGAACAUCUGUUUGCAUAUUGGCCUUGGUCUGGGUCUCGACAACAGCGCUUGCAGAAGUUUGUGAAGAAGAACAUCUCGCGCAGCAUUUGGUAUCUACAGGGAACGAUUGUUGAUGGACGUCAGGCAGACUUCCGUGACUGCAUCCACCGGGUGUCCAAAGCACGUGCUGGCGAUUGGAAGUGCACUGCGAAAAGCCCAAAAGAUCGGGUCACUACUUCUGGGAUGCUGCUACCAAGCGUUGAAGACCAGGAAAAUGUCUGGAGCAUCCUGGGUCAACGCCUAGAUACACAGAACUUGAAUCUGAUCUUUUCCGAUGCGGUCCACUCGCCCAAUGCUGUGCAUUUCGAGUAUCGAAUGUGGACGAAGUACGGCAUGCUACCAGACCUGAGAAACCGUCGAGAGAACCAUGCACCACUGGCGGUGGUUUGGGACGACUGCCACCAAAAUCAGCUUGCCUGCGCCAUCCUCGAGGUCAUCCAGCAGCUGGUCACGGAUACUCUUGACCACUUAAGCUUGGCUCUGGCACCUGCUUGGCUAACCGUUUGCCUGGGCUCCUUUUCCAUCCCGGGCUCCUGGGGUCCCGGCUACCGGAGCCACAAGGUGUGUCUCUUCUCGAACUAUGCGAUCUUUGAUGCUCCAGGAGCAGGGUUCUGGGAGAAGUUUGCGUCCGCAAGUGGCUGCGAAACUGCAAGCGGAGAAGAAAAGAACGGAGCCAAGAUCUUUACCAUGAUCCGCUUUGGACGCUUCUUGCUAAGGUUGCAAAGUUGGGACGAGUUGCGGCGGUCAUUGGAGGCGGAUUGGGAACAGCAUGUUGCGAACAAUCACGUGCCGUACCGCCGUGAUUGUGCAGUUUGCGUGCACGGUGCCGGAAACGGCCGCCGCCACCACGGUGUAGUUCACCCGGAUGUGUAUUGCAUGUCAGCCGACAUUGCGGGGCCCAUCCGUGUGAAGGGCAAAGACCCAGAAAGCCGCAACCACCGACCAGCCACGUUCAAGUACUUCCUCGCUGUGUCGUACCGCUUCCCACGGCUCAAAGGAGUGAAGGAGGAGUCAGACCCCAGCCAAACCGAGGGGUUUGAUGAUGCAGCACUCCUCCCGGGAGGGACGGAUGACCUUGCAGAUGAGGCCUUUCCCGCAGCAGAAGGCCCCCCGCACGAGGAUUACGAGGACUCCCUGUACGAGCCAAGUUUAGCGGAAGAAGAGGAGGAGGCGGAAGGUGAAGGAGUUGAAGGGCCGAGGGAGUUUGCAGCCAAAGUUGCCGAGGAGCAUCCCUGGGAGUCAGCCAGGUGUGAACUCGAAACACCGCCUGACAUGGCGAGGCUGGUGUUUGCAGUGCCACUUCACACAAACAAGGGAGACUCGCUUGAGGAGGAGCACACACCACCUCCACGCAGGGUUCGCGGCAAGCGGUCUGCUGGUGUGAGACUUGACGACGUGUUUGCACUUGACCCGCCGCCUCCCUUGCCGCCGCCAGCAGAAGCUCCAAACCCGGAAGGGCCUGUGUCACCGGUUGAGGAGGAGUCUGCCCGUGUAGCGCGCUUGAGUCUGCAAGACCUCGAAGGUUUAGCUACGGAGCUUAUCGAGGACGACUGGGACCUUGAUGAAGCGUUGUGGGUGUUAGCCGAAGUGUGCAGAGCAGCGCCCCAGCUGCAACACAAAGCUGGGUUGUACCGUCACGGAGGUGUCGUAGGAGUUUUAGGGGGUACCACAGAUAAGCCUUGGCUGACAGAGCUUAUGAAUAUGGUGCUUUCCGCAGUUGCACCCACAGCUGAGUACACCUCGCUUUGGUUGUCUAAUUCCACUGUUCAACCCGUGCACGCCGACCACCACAACCUGCAGGGAUCCACAAAUGUAGUCCUCCCUUUGAAGCUCCCGCCUAACGGAGGGGAUUUGUGGAUAGAACUCAAGCCUGGUGACCUAGUCAGUGGCCCUGUAGAGGAGCGGGUAGACGGCAAAGGUAGGCGCUGGUUAGGGACAACUCACAAGUUAGAGCGCGGUAAGCCCUUUUUCCUAGACCCUACUCGCCGCCACGCCACCACUCCCUGGAAGGGUGAGAGAGCAGUCCUUGUUGGCUACACUGUCAACACGUUAGGCAAAGAGCUUGAGCACGAGUUUCAAAGCCUUGAAGCUUUAGGUUUUCCACUCCCAGCGUCGGUACGUUUACCGCUGACUGAGCAGCAAGACGUGAGACGUCUAGACGCGUUUGACUGCUUCGAAGAAGAGCCCCUUCAGGAGACAAAGGCACGUCACCCUGACGGGAAGACUUCGGAGUUGGCGAUUGGGACUGUGCUUGAAGGCGGAGGUUGGAAAGAAACCCAAGCCGUAGAAGCAGGUACUGUAGAGUUGGAGGUGUCGUGGAACCUGAAACACUCGCCGGACCAAAGGCGAACCCAGUCUGAGCACGCCCUGCUGGCUUGCCAACCAGACACCAAGACACAGGUUGAGGAGGAGGAGGAGGGCUUAAGCGAGGACUCCUUGCCGGAACAACCAGUGCUGUGGGAGUUGUGGGUUCCACACCCGCAGACAGGUGAGCAGCUGUGUGUUCUCAGGUCUGACGACUCGGACGCGAGUGAAGCUUGUGCCCUUUGCAAGUCUGAGCCGGUUUACACUACCAACGUAGAGCUGUUGCUUGACGGGUUGCAAGAACCACUGCAGGUAGUCCACACUGUAGACCCUCGGGAUGCAGAGCAAUGCAUCGAGAAGUGGAUGCCGUCCAUUCACAAGGAGAUCGGUGUCAUUGGGAAGGCUGUGCGGCGACUGCCCCCUGCAGAGGUCCGUUCCGGAGGUUGGCUAAAGCGCAAGGAAGUGAAGGUGGUUCCGUCUAAGUUUGUGUUCACAGUCAAGCCACCAGACCCUGCUGAAGCCUCCCUCGCUACCCGGAAGGGUCAGGCUUACCACAAGCGCAAGGCUCGCCUGGUUGCUUGUGGCAACCACGCCCCAGGCACGGGGUCCGAAGUCUACGCUUCAGGUGCCUACAGUGAAACUCAAGCUGUGGGCACUGGGACCGUGGCGCAGCAAGACCUGCAGCUGAGUGCCUUAGCUGUCCUGCUCGCCUUCUUUCAGGUCGUAGGUGCUGCCAGCCAGACAACGGACGAGGAAGAAGACUUGUCUCUCCCCGUGUCGCUUGAUGCAGAUUUGAUGUUGGCAGUAUCCAUCAUCUGCAUUGGUAUCUGCUUCAUUGCAGUGUGGGAGUUCUUCAAGUGGUGCCUUCAAGGCAUCAUCUCCCGCCGAGAGGCAGGGACACCCGUGUUGUCUCUGAGCCCCCGCAAGGCGCGCAAGUUACAGCGCCUUCGAGAUCAAACUGCGCAGGCCAUCCAGGCCGAGAUCUCUGCACGUGAGGAGGCAGCAAGCUCGCAGUCUGCGGCGUGGGCCAAGUUUGGUGUUCCGGACCUCGACGAUGCGAUCACUGAGUAUUUGGUGAGCUCUGCCGUCACCGUGAUCGCGGAGGCGCAGUCGCCGGGGGAGGCAGAGGAUGAGCUGCUUCUGCACUUGGGUGUCAUCUUGAAGGCGCAGGAGUUGAAGGACAAGUACGUCGUAGCCCUGUGCAGGGCUUUGGCCGGGACGGUCUCCGAAACGUCCAAAGAGGUCGAUGAGGACGAUGUCCCGCGGGACGGGGAGGGAGAGCUACUCUGUAGAUGCAAAGAUAUGAUCCUCAUGUACAUGGGCAGCACCGACUUCCUUCUGAAGGACACCACGUUCGAGUUACGGAAGGGCCAUCGCUACGGCAUCGUGGGCUCCAACGGCACAGGCAAAACCACGCUGAUGGAACGCAUCGCAGAUGGUGCUAUUGCAGAACUCUCUUUCACUUCCCUGCGCUUUGUACAUAUUCACCACGAGUCGCUCAGUGAAUGUAUGGACAAGUCACUGACAGCUGCGGCUUACGCAAGGGAGGUUGUGGGUCCAGAAAUCCCGAUCCACUCCGCCUUGACCGAGGUCGGCUUCACGAACGCGCUGAAAUCUAAGCCUGUCUGUGAGCUGUCCGGAGGUUGGCGGGUAAGGCUUCUUCUAGCAACGGCCGUGGCUCGCCAGGCCGAUGUGCUACUGUUGGACGAGCCGACGAAUCAUCUCGACUCGCAGGCUGUUGCCUGGCUGGUUGGUUACAUCACCCAAGACCUUGCAGAUUCGACCUCUGUGGUGGUUUCCCACGACGCAUCCUUCUUGGAUCAGAUCUGCACAGACAUCAUACACUUUGACGAGUGCCGGCUGAAGUACUACAAGGGCAACUUCCAAGAGUUCCGAAAGAAGGUGCAGCUGAGGGACGCGCAGGAACUCUUGCAGGUGAGCUCCCGAAGAAGGCAGCAGCCCACGGAGGUCCCACGUGCUGCCGCCGAGGUCGAGGAGAAGAGGACCUCAGGCAAUGAGACAACAGGAGCGUCCUUGCGCGUGAGCUUGCCGGUACCGGGGAAGGUGGAAGGGCUGACCAGUGUCAAGAAGCCGGUCAUCGAGUUGAAGAACGUGUCGUUCAGGUAUUUGAUGGCCAACGAGUACAUCCUGCAGCACAUCUGUGGCAAGGUCACAGCAAUGAGCAGGAUCGCCAUUGUCGGCCCCAAUG